CGUUAACAAGUAGUGCAGUGUGUCAAGCCCGAGUUGGUAUAGGUUUUCUGAUUCAUUCUGCGUGAUGAAAUUGGCGUGGUUGACCAGACUGUCAGAGUAGCUGGCUCGCUAACGUUAGCUAGCUUAUUAGCAUGGCCAUGAGAAACGUUUACCCAUUGGCGUUUACACACCCCUGUUAUGCGUAGCUGAGACAUAAAUCCGAGUUAAAUUGGCCGUGUAGCCAAUCCUGCCUGACUGCUAAGUAGCUUUUCUUAUCACGGGGCAGUGUGCUGUUUCAUCAUCAUAGCUGGCGUGGAGAGUGUGUGGUGCUUUAUGCGACGUAGUAAGGGAAUAACGUUAGUUGUUCGAAACAUCUGACAGCCUGAUGUGUCAACAUGUACGUCGCCGAUACCGUCCGAUCAUGCAAAACUCUCCGCUCUUCCACUACCUGCAUGAUCUAGGACACACAGACUUUGAGUCAUGUCCCACAGUGUCUCAGGAGGACGAAUGUGGAGGAGGAGAGGUGACUACGACCUCCCUCCAGGACAGCUUGUCCAAACCCGCAGGAGGACGUCUACGGAGAUUGGCUAAUGCCUUGUGGAGGCGGAGCCCGUUCCACCAGGCUGCCUUGGCCCAUAUGCUGGAGCAGCAGCUGGACUGUGUGUUUGGCCAGUACGCGGUGCGGUGUAUCCUGGACCAGGAUGUGUUGCUCCAGGAGGAUGUGGAGCUGAUCGAGCUGUUAGACCCCAGCCUGCUCACCCUGGGCGCCUCGCCCUCCGGCUCAACCAGACGAGACAACUCCCUGCCCUGCCCGCGCCUCCUCGCCUCACCCUCGCAGUGGGACGUAGCAGUGCUGGUGGGCCUGGCUGCAGUGUUACUAGGCCUGUCCUCUGUCUCUGCCGGGGCCUGGUCUCUGGCUGUGAUCCUGUGGUGUGCUGCAGUCAUGGGCUGGGUGGGGCUGCGAGGGGCGGGGCUGUGGAGACAGGGGAGGAUGCAGAGAGCAGCACACGCCCAGGCCUCCGAGCUGCAGACCAUGGCGCUGAACAGUAAGGCUCUGACCAGCCUGGCCCGCAAGUCCCUGAGACUACUACAGGAGACAGAGGUCAUCUCGCGAGGGUUCACCCUUCUGCUCGACAGGGUGAGUGCGGCCAGCUCCUUCAGUAGGGCGGGGCUGGGGCCACGGGGGCAGCAGCUGAUUGGCCUGCGGAAGGCGGUGUACCGGGCGCUCCGCUCGGCCUUCAGAGCCUCCCGCCGAGCCACCUGCCACAUGCUCAAAGCGUACCCCCUGAACUCUGAGAUCGACAAUGUGACCAACUACGUGUCUGCGGUGCCUCUGAAGGAGCUGGGGAUGGGCCUGGGGACAGAGCACCUGACUGAUGAGGAGGCACAGGAGCUCACCGAUGACUACAGCCUCCCUGCCCUCAAGGUGCUGUUCCAGUUGUGGGUGGGGCAGAGCUCAGAAUGUUUCCGCCGAUUGGCCCUGCUGCUGUCACCACGACGACUGGAGGAGCCCAGGGAAGAUUGGGUCAAAGGUGGAACCCCUCCUCUGCCCAUACACCGCUCUGUUGCCACGGUGACACAGCCUCUCCACGGUGCCCUGGUCGGUUGCCUGGGCGACAUGCAGCGUAGCUACGAGUUCCACCGGUACUUUGAGACGCAGCGCCGGACGCAGGGCUCGGACAGGGUGGGGCGCGUUCAGCAGAAAUGCAGAGAGCUCAACACACUGCACACGUCUGUACGCAGCCUGCAGCUGCAUCUCAGGGCCCUGCUCAACGAGAUGAUUAUCCUGGAGGAUGACCUGGAGAAGCUGAUGGUGACGAAGGAGGCGGUGGAGGUGACUGUGGAGGGCUACCAGGACCUCCAGGAGCGUCUCGGCCACCUGCAGCCCCACAUGCAGGCCAGCGCCGGAUGCUGGGAGGACACUGUGGGCCAAGUGGAGCGCAUGCUGAGGAUAGCUAACACCUGCCCAGGAACUCCUGAUGGUCCAAAGCAGUGUCUCCCUCCUGUGCCAUGCACCCCUGCCCCAACCUACACCCUCAUCCUGGACAGGGACCCCGUGCCUGAGGAGCAGGAGCUGGAAGCGUACGUGUCGGACUCUGAGGAUGAGAAUGGGUGGGCGGGGUCGGUGGUUGACAUGCUGUCUCCCGAGGAACGAGAGCGCCACCGGCGGGAGAGGGAGGAGUCUCGGCGCGUCCUAUCGGAGCUCAAAGCUGUGCUGGGCCAGCGGGCAUCCGAGGGCGAGAGGAGGAAGUGGAAACAGCUGCUCUUCAACGACCAAGCGGCGGUGAUGCCUAUAGUUUCCGCGGAAACUUCUAUAGAAUCUCAGACACCCUCCGACCCAUUGGACACUCUGACACUUGUGGGCGUGGCCAAACCAGGUGUUGUUGAGGGAAACAACCUAUCGGAAAGGCUGAACGACGAGGAGGAGGAAGACUGGGUCGGGGACGAGCGCCCCCUCACAGAGGCAGAGGAAAAAGCACUUACAGAGUUCUGCUGUGGUGAGGCGGAGGUAAAGGGGGAGGAGGGUGAAGGUUCAGUCCCGGGCGGGGCGCAACUCUACCAAUAUGACGGGCUGCCUGACCAGGGGGCAGGACUAAACGGGCCCAACCUUCUAUUGCAGCCCCGGAUCCCCGCCAUCACGGUGAUGGACAGGCUGACGGAACUACACGGCUCGGCGGCGCUCAGCUUUAAUUCCGCCCUCGCCGCCCAGGUGGCGGCACGUUCGCACACUUUCGCCAACAUGGAGGAGCAGACGUUUGGAGACAGCGGAGAAGAGGAUGAAGGAGAGAAGUGUUCGCUGCCUGAUGGACAGACAUGUGAGAAGAACUAGAGUCUAAACCCUCCUGCUUUACGGAGCUUUGAACAGAACAGUUAUGGACAGACAGCCAGGGUUCCUGUAUUUAUGUCUGAACCCACUCCUGGGUUAUUUACUGCGGCUGUCCGUUUCCUUGGAUCCAUGGCUCUCUGUCAUGUCUUCAUCUGUGUGUGUGUGUGCGUGCAUGAUUGGGUGAGAGAGCAUUGUGUGUAUGUGACGUCUGAGUGAGUUUUAAGAAGAGCACUACACUACACCACUUUCUGUUACACUCCUCCAUCCAUGUGUCCAUACUUUACCCACAAUCCCCCUGUGGCCGCUCUCCUGUGCUACUCAGGUACCAGAACCACAAGACAAACUCUGACCUCACCGUCACAAGGUCUUCAGUUUAACCCUAAGGAUCCCCUGUAGCUAUUGGAGGCAGAGAGACUUGGUUAUAGCAUCAAUUACAUUGUCUCUAACUAUUGACCAGUACCUUUCCGUGGUACGUCAACAUUGUCUAACAGUUUAGCAUAUUGAUGUCUGAGUCAAAAAGCCUAAUUAGAUAAAUGAUUAUUAUACAUUUUACCACAUCACUCCCUAUAUGACUCCUGUAUUGACAGGCAGAGUCUGAUGCGUGGUUGCUCUAUUGAACGUGCACACGGCAGCCCAGGGCAGAAUGCUCAGGUACUGAAUCACUGACCGAGGGCUGAAUGUAAGAUGUUACUAUACACACACCACACUGUAAAAGGGGAAGGAGAGGUACAUUUCAAAGACAGCAGAGCAAAGCUAUUUUAUUGACCAUUGUUUUAUUUCUGGUCUGCCUCUCUGAGUCUGCACUUCUACACACUCCCCGCCUCACUAGGAAUGGCCCUAUAACUGCAAAGAUGUGUUGGCUAAAACAUCUGUCACUCAACCCACAGCAACCAAUGAGCAGACGGAGAGAAGGGUGGACAUAGUUGACCUUGUAAAAUGGGCUAGCCUACCAGAUUUGGAAAUAUUUUUGACAUAUUAUGUGUUUUUAUUCAAAAGAUGAAUAUGGUCAGGCAGUGGAUUGCUGUGAAAUGAAAUUCAUCCCCAUCCACUAAUGAACCAAACACAUUCACAGUGCUUAUUUCCCCAAUGAUCUCGUCAAGUGCUCAUCUGAUGCAGGAUACAGGAUCAAUGAUGCCCCAAUGAAGAGGCCAUGAGGGGAUGACAACUGGGUGAUUAUUGAGGGAAAGUGUUGUACUACCUCGUGCCACCCCUACUGCACCUACUAUGAAAUCUGUUCUGCGUGUGUCUGUAACUCCCUAUCUACUACACGGAUCUCAGAUCUGAAUGGUCUGCUGUGUCAGAAUGUUUUGGUUCUGUCUUGUGUACAUCUGAAAAUGUUUCCAUGGAGAUUGUACCACUGUAUCUGGGGCAGCAGGUAACCUAGUGGUUAGAGCGUUGGGUUGCUGGAUCGAAUCCCUGAGCUGAGGAGGUAAGAAAUCUGUCAUUCUGCCCCUGAAGAAGGCAGUUAACCCACUGUUCCCCGGUAAGCAGUCAUUGUAAAUAAGAAUUUGUUGUUAACUGACUUGCCUAGUUAAAGGUUACAUUUAAAAAAUAUUUAAAAAUUCUCUCCCCGGUCUCAGCAUCUGUGUUUCCAUAAUAUUCACUAGAAUGUGAUCCAACUCUAUUGGUUUGGGACAGUUUUACGGAGUGUCCUGGAAUGCUACUAUCAUUGAUUACAAUGAAUUAGAGUGAUGAUCGAAGGACAGCAUGUGCUUAUUGACUGCACAGAUGAUUCCACUUGUGUUUGUCCGAGGGUGUCUGUCCCCUCACCGUGUCUGCCUUGUCUUGCCUUCCAGCCCUCCCCCAUAUGUCCACGUCCUGAAGUUGGUUCUGUCCCUCCUGCAUUUCAUUUGUAAAAUAAAAUGCUAUUCUGGA